AUGGUGAAGGAACUGUAUGUCCAUCCGCCACUUCUCAUUACGAAACCCCUCCAGGCUAAUGUAACAGCAGAUACUGUGAUCGCCCCAGAUAUACGCGGCUGCGGAGACUCAGCGCUUCCUUUCUCAAAGAGUUACACGGCUGCAGCUGCCGGCAUCGAUCUCAAAGCCAUCCUAGAUUACCUCAACAUCACGUCUACAUACGUCUUUGCACAUGACAAAGGCGUAGGGCUUGCGACUUCUCUUGCUAUAGAACACCCAUCGGUUGUUGAAGCUAUCAUUCUCGCAGAAUAUGCUCUCCCAGGUUACGGGUAUCCUACCCAGGUAACGAGUUCUAGCUUGUACCAGAAUUGGCAACUCGCAUUCUUUUCCGUGCCUGAUGCAGCCGAAUUCUUCAUUCAAGGGCGCGAAAAGCAGAUGCUGAGCUGGUACUUUUUUCAUGCGAGUUAUUCUGGCACAGCGGCUUUGAGCGAAGACCAACUAUAG